AUGACACAACCAUGGAAUGAAUCACUAUGCGGCUGCUUUGAUGAUGUAGGUUCAUGUCUUUGCGGUUGGUGUUGUACACCAUGUUUAUUUGGUCAAAAUGCUGAGAAAAUUGAUGGAAGUAGUUGUUGUCUCUGUUGUCUUGGUUAUAUCGUUCUUAGUCCAUGUUAUAUGUGUUGGCUUCCACAUUAUAUGAAACGACAAACACUUCGACAGAAAUAUAAUUUAGUUGAAGAACCAAGUUGUGGUGAUCUUCCUACAACAUGUUUUUGUAGUCCAUUGGCACUUUGUCAAGAAGCUCGUUUUCUCAAACGUCAAGAACAAAUGGGUGGUAAUUUUGCACGAGGCGCACAAACAGUUCAACCUCGUUAA